GGUACGUCCCACCAUACCCCUUGUCCCCCCGGGCCUCCCUUCGGCCCGUCGCACUAGGCGCUGCUCCCCCCGGGCCUCACUUUGGUACGUCCCACAUGCUCCUUGUCCCCCCGGGCCUCCCUUCGGCCCGUCCCACUAGGCCCUGCUCCCCUUGGGCUCACUUUGGUACGUCCCACAUGCCCCUUGUCCCCCCCCGGCCUCCCUUCGGCCCGUCGCACUAGGCGCUGCUCCCCCACUUUAAGACAUCCCGCCUCGGCACGUUCCACAGCGCCCCCUCCCGGACUCUUGGUAUGCCCCGCUACCCCCGCCCCGCGCUUUGGUAGGUCCCGAUUUCCCUCGGCCGUCCGACCCUUCCCACGCCGGCGUUCCUUUGGCUAAGCUUCCCCGGCUCUCGGCCCUCGCCCUCCUCCCGUACGCCGCCUCAUCCUUACCGCCAUGGUCUCCCCGAGCCGCCAGCUCCGGGGCGGAGAGGAAGACGAGCGGCGGCGAUGGGCGCCGGGCAGCACCAACUCAGCAGAGAAGGCGCUCCGGGUGGGGAAAGGGGGCGGGGGGGUUAAGGGUCGGGUGUCAGUGACAUCAAGGCGGGCGACGGAAGUGCGCGUUGCACUUCCGCCCAACGACUCCGCCCGGAGCCCCCACUGGACUACGACAUCCAGCGGCCCGUGCGCGGCGGGCGGAGGCCGGGCUGGGGGAAGGCUGGCGGCCAUGGCCGAGUCGCUCCCCCCUGAGAUGCUGUCUUAUAUAUUGAGCUUCCUCCCUCUGUCGGAUCAGAAAGAGGCUUCCUUGGUGAAUCGAGCCUGGUAUUAUGCAGCCCAGAUUGCUCUUCGGGAGAUAGACGUUCGGUAUAACAUCCCUGUGACAGCGGCCUCCCUCAGCUCCAUCAAGCGCCUAAGCCGCAGGCACGUCUCCUGUGUGAGCCUUAUCAACGUGGACGGUUCUUCGGAUGCCAACAGCGUGCUGCAAUCCAUCUCCUACUACCUAGGCCCGCAUCUGCAAAGCCUAUCUCUGGGUGGGGGCUCCUUGACGGAAGCUUCUUUUGUAAGGCUCAUCAUAAGCUGCCCUGGGCUCCAGGUCUUGGACCUCAGUGGCUGCAAUAGCCUCUUCAUGUCUGGGAAGCUGCUGGACCAACCGGAAACAGUCCAACAGGUGCAGAAGGCCCUGGCUAACCUCCGGGAUCUCAACCUGUCUGGCCUACGCCAUUUGGCAGACAGCAGCUUCAACCGCCUGAGCAGCUGCACCCCCAAACUGGAGCGCCUCUCCCUGGCACGCUGCCACAUCACCUUUGACCCUCACCGCAGUCGGUCGGCCCAACCAGGCUCUUCGGCCAUCCUUUCCUUCCCCAACAUACUCCACUUCCUGAAGGAGCGAGCCAGUCAUCUGGUGGCCCUGGACCUGAGUGGCACAAAUCUGACCCCCACGGCUCUCCAUGCACUGGGACAGGUGGUGGGACUUCACCUGCGGGAGCUGGUCCUGCGGGGCUGCCGGGACAUCUCCACUGAGGCUGUGGCAGUCCUGUGCAGGCAGCAGCGGGACCUGACCAGCCUGGACCUGAGUGGCUGCUCGGAGCUAGCCGACGGGGCCCUUCUGGUUGUAUCCAGGGGCCUGCAGAGCCUUCAGCAUCUGCGCCUGGAGAAGCUGCAACAGCUGACGGACUCCGGCUUCUCCUCCUUGCACUGGCUGCGGGAGCUGAGAAGCCUCGACCUGGCCGAGUGCUGCCGUGUGAGUGGAAGGGAGCUGGCCAAGGCGCUGGAGUUCCCCAGGGGGCCCCCUCCCCGCCUCGCAUCUCUCAGGCUAGCCUACUGCUCCUUGCUGAAGGACGCUUCUGUCAUCUCCUUGGCCCAGGGGCUCGGCUCCAGCCUGAAGGUGCUAGACCUGUCAUCCUGCAUGUCCCUCACCAAUAGCAGCCUGCUGGCCAUCUCUGCCAACCUGCCCCAGCUCACUGUCCUGCGGCUGGCCUGGUGUAAGGAAAUCACUGACUCAGGGCUCCUGGGGCUGGCAGAUCCAGGCGAGGAGAAGGACAGAGGGAAGAAGUUAAACAAGAACUUUGGAGACAUGGGCUUCUUCCUCCCACAGCUGCCUCCAGAGCCCUUGGCCCCCCUCGAGUCCCCCUCCCAAGAGACUCCUAACAAACAACUCACACCCUCCCUGCUCCUGCUGAGGGCUUUGCAGGAGCUUGACCUCACUGCCUGCAGCAAGCUGACAGACAACAGCCUGGCCAAGGUGCUGAAGUUUCCCCGGCUGAGGCAGCUCUCCCUGAGCCUGAUCCUGGAGUUCUCCGACGUGGGGCUGGUGGCGGUGGCCCAAGGCUGCCCCAGCCUGGAGCACCUGGCCCUGAGUCACUGUGGCCGCCUGAGCGACGGGGGCUGGGCCCGGGCGGCCAGCUUCUGGAGGAGGCUCCAGCACCUCAACCUCUCCAACUGCAACCAGCUCACGGAGCAGACUCUGGCCACCAUCCGACAGGCCUGCCAGCAGCUGAAGGUACUGGACGUGUCCAUGAGCCAGGGCAUCAGCAUGGCUGCCGUGGAGCACUUCCAAGCCCAGCUGCCCCAGGUGACCUGCGUUCAGUCCCGCUUUGUGGGGGGGGCCGACUUGGCCAUGACCCUCUGAAUAAAAGUCGGUCCUAAAAUCCUCCUCUGGCCCACCUGCCACUUUACUCUCCCCCAGAACCUCGGUACCCAGCGGGGCUUGGGCACCUACCUCACCAUUGGCACCAUCUUUCCUGGAGCAAGAGAAGGCCCAGCGCUGCCCACCUGCCCCUCCUCAGUCGGGGACUCCCUUGCCAGGAUUGAGGGCCCUGAGGAACUGCUUCCUGGCGCUGCACCCUGGGUUUCAUAGAGCCCGAGUGGGGGAGCCCCGGUUCCUCCCUAGCACUUCCCACUCUGGCUCCCUCGGCCUUCGCUCCAAUGGCCGAGCCCCACAAGGCCGAGGGGCUCCCGGCGGAGUCCUAGCGGCUGGGCCCCAGGCUCCCGCCAGCGCUUCCCACAUCCCAUUUGCCUUAUUCACUAAUGGCUCCCCCAGCUUCUCAGCGUUGGGACCUGCCCUAUACAAAAUUCUUUGUGGGGUUUGCGAGAAUUAAAAGUCUGUGAUCUCAUCUCUACCUCGUGGUUCUCAGGCUGAGGGAUCCCAGGCCUUCGAAUUGGGAGGGCACUAGAGAGCAUUCUGUAGAUGAAGAAACCUCGGACCAGGCUGGACCCCAGCCCUAAGUGAGCGCUGCCCCGGGAAAGCCUUUGGGGGGGGCUCUCUGGAAGAGGCUUCAGAAGCAGGAAGAGCCCCACAAGGCUGGCUUUAUUUCUCUAGCUGGCCCGAACCCCCCCCCCCCCCAAUGAUGCCAGGGUUCACAGCCUGAGGAAACCGAAGCGCGACCUUUAAAGCACAAAGAGUAAGAGCGGCUUGGCAGGAUCCCCAGGAGCAGAGCUGCCCUUUCAGCCAGAGCCGCCUCCCCGCCCAGUGCUGC